GAUACUUUCAUGAAGUCUUGUCUUCAGACUGCAAACGAAAGCGAAUUUGUUUCUAUUGCCUUUCCGGCCUUUGGAACAGGUCACCUUGGGUAUCCUAAACAGCAAGUGGCCAACACUAUGUUUUCCUGUGUGGAAACAUUCUUCAGACGCCAUCCAAAUACUCCACUGCAGGAUGUUAGAUUCGUUGUAUAUGACAAGGAUUUCACUACUGUUAAGGCCUUUGAAGAAGAACAAGAUAAGAGACAGAUUGGUGAUAAUAGCAACAGACAAUUUGCACAAUAUGAUUUUGUGAAGUCAGCAGAUAAGGACAGAAAACAACAUACUAUAACGUUAUCAUCAUCAGCACCAAUUAAUGAAAGUGAUUCAUACAUGGACAUGAUGGAAAAUUUACGAAAAAAAGAUGUAAUGAAUGAUCCCAUGUCACUAUCCCUAAGCAAUAACAGACCAUCUAAGAACUUUCACGGAUUUGAUGAAGAUGUGUUUAAAAUGGAAGGUGAAAAUGAUGGCCAAGAUGAUGUUGAUAUAGUUCAAGCGUUAUUUGACUUUAAUGCGGAAACAAAAGGUGAUUUAUCCUUUGAAAAAGGAGACAUAAUUAUUGUCAAAGAAAUUAAUACCUCAGGAUGGUGGACUGGUAUCAAAGGAAAUGAGACCGGAUAUUUUCCUGUUACGUUCACAAAACCCGUCAAGAAAGUUUUUCGGGACGGGAAAACAAAGUAUCUAUUUGAAGAUGAUCCAAUAUCGGAAGAUAGUGAAAAGACGGAAACUUCUUGUUCCACUGAUCAUGUUGAUGAUUACCUAGAAAUGAUAGGCACUAAUGAUGAUGAACUAGAAGGUUUGUUUAAUUUAGCUCAAGAGAAAAACGAAUGCAGGCAAUAUGUUCAAAAGAAGGCUGUUCCAAAAGUUCUAAAGGCUUUGAAUGGCGAGGCUGUUAAAAUAUAUCACACAAUUCUAAAGGAGGGCAUAGAAAACCGGAAUAGAAUCAGAUUGGUCAUAUUUGGCCAGAAACAAUCAGGAAAAUCACUUUUCACUAGACGUCUUUUAAAGAAAACAACUGAUUUAGUCCAGGAAUCAAAUUCACUGGAAAUUCAUCCCUUUAGAUGCAAAGCUAGGGUAGAAGAUGGGCAUUGGUUAUUCCUAGAUGAUUAUGACGAAGAGACUUAUAUAAAUGAGAGAAUUCUGACCGCUUGCUGUCAGAAUGAAAUAAUUAUAAAGUCUGAGGCAAGAUAUAAAGAUCAAGUCAAAGCAAGAAAAUUAGGAAAAGACUAUACACAGAACAAAAAUUUGACUUAUGAUAAUUCCCUACAGAUGAAUAUAGUCAGACCACCAUCCGCAGACUCCUAUGUUGAGAUGUCUAAACCAGAUUAUGAAUACUUUGAUUUGUGCGAAGUUGUCGAUGUCGAUAUGGCAGAGGAAGAUACUGUACUAAUAGAAGUAUGGGACCUACCAGGAGAUGAAGAAAGCUGUUUUGCAUAUCUUUCCCUGUUUGGAAAGAAUGCUGUUUAUAUUGUGACAGUCAAUGUAACAGAAAAUAUGGAUGAAAAUAUUCAUAGUGGUUUGACAUUUUGGCCAGAGUUGAUACGAUGCUUGAAUAAAACUCAUUCUCAGGAAGAUGAUGAUUUGUCAGUGUUCAUUGUUGGUACUUUUAAAGAUAAAUUUGAUGGAAAUGACGAUCAAUGUUUGUCACAACUUAAGUGCCAAAUACAAGAUUGCACUGAAAACAGACAUCACAUCAAAGGUUAUUAUGUCGUCGCCAAUUUGCAAGAAUUUGAUGACUUGGACCCUUUGCGUAGUGAUAUUGUCAUGGUCUCAAGGAAACAAGCAUAUUGGAAUUUAGAGAGGCCUUUAAGAUGGAUUCAUCUUGAAAGGAAUUUACACAAACAGAUGAAGUUGAACGUUCCUGUAAUGUCUAUAGAAGAGAUGAAAGAUAGUGUGAAGAAAAUGUAUGUCCCUUUGAAUGAUGAUCAUGAUCUAGGACAGUUUCUCUCUUAUUAUCAUGACAAUGGUACUGUUGUUUACUUAAAGUGCAAUCCCGACAACGUUAUCCUGGAUCCCCAGUGGUUGGCACAUGCAAUGAUGUUGAUUAUAACAUCUGCUAAAUCAAAAACAGACACUAGAAAGACAAAAGAAUGGAGGAAUCUGCGAGAGUAUGGAAAGCUUUCACAAGAACUGAUUGAGGAAAUUUUCAGCAGACAAACUCCGGACAUUGUGAAACACAAAAACCUUAUUCUGAAUUUAAUGAUAAGAUGUAACAUAAUAGUACGGCCAGAUGUUACGCUACAAACGGAAAACCUAGACAGAUUCGAAUAUGGUGUUCCAUGCAUGAUUAAUCAUCUCCCAAUUGUUGAGAUUGAAGAAAAAUUUAGCACCCAAUUCACGAAGUCGUCUUGCCUUUGUUUAGAUUUUCUGUUUCUCCCUCCGACUUUCAUGGCACAUUUACUUUUCACAUGUACACAUUUAUUUAAUCCUGUGAGAGAGAAAAAGAAGAAGAAAACAGGCGACGAGAGACAUUUACUAUUCUAUCAAAAUGUUGCUGUCUUUGAAAUCGACGAUACCAAAUGCGAAAAACUGAUGAUUUGCAGGUAUAGAAACGUCAUCCAAUUUCAAGUAUGGAAAUGGGGAGAUGGUAGGACACGUGCACACCGUUCUAUCAAGACAAAACUGUUGCAAAUUGUCGACCGACUGAUUGAAGAAAGAUCAUCAAUGCACAUCCAGUAUAGCAUAAAAGUAAAAUGCCAGUUCACAGAAUACGAUUGCCUAGAUGGAAUGGUGGAGUUUAAGAUUAUACAACCAAAUGGCAAAUAUUAUUGCGAUGAACAUGAAAAUUCACACAGCUCGGACGAAGUUCAUGUUGACUGGUGUGGUGAAUCAGAUGAGGAAGAAUGCACAAAUGAUCAAAUUAAUGCUGCAAGGAUGGCUAUAAUAAUACUUGAUAUACUAGGAGAUGUACUUUAUGAUUUGCUUGUACUAGAUAAACCCUCGCCAGUAAAGAAACGUAGUGAAUGUGAUAUCACUUGGCUGUAUUCUCAACUGCGGAAUCAGAAUCAACAUACACCGAGCCGAGGUCUUUGGGGAGGUGAAUUGAAGGAUAUACAAAACAGUGCCGAGAAAAUUGGAGAUGACAUAGAAAGAGUUAGACUCACUAGGAACGGUAUGCAGCAUUUGUCGUCGUUUGUUUUAGAUGAUAAGGAAUAUUUCGAAAAACUAAAGAUGAUACAGAAAGUUGUACGACGAAUGGAAAAACAUAAUAAGAAGCUAACAGCCUAUACAGAUCGAGUGAAAGAAGUUGCAAAACGGAAGCUCAACAGGGUCGAUUGGGAGACCUACAAAGACAGUAUUGAAAUCGAACUCCCUAGGCUUACACUUAAGCCUUCUUUUGAUGUCAAGAUAGGCGAUGGAUGUACACUUGACUGUGAAGUAAUUGUAGCAUUACCUAAAGGUGCAAGUAUUUACUGGGUUAGGAUGAUGAGUGAUCAUGAGACUCGUGUAAUUGUAGAUGCGAUGAAAUACAAAGGUUCUGAAGUAGGAUAUCCAUCUCUCAUAAUACUUAACUCUUCAAAAGAUGACGAAGGAUAUUAUUCUUGCAGAAUUGAAUAUCCUGUAAAUUGUGCAGAAAGCGGUGACGAAGAAUUGACAUGGCCAAAAACUUUUUUGCAUGUCCAUUGAAUGAUGGGAACACUAGCCAAAAUAUCCAAGUUAAAGACGGCGAAAUGUGUACAAGCAACCAUUAAAAAGCAACAUUAAGGUGUUUAAAUGAAAUUGAAGAAAACAUCGUAAACAUUUGUACAGACUGAUAACGGUUAGUUCAUCGGUUGUAGUUUGAAAUCAGCAUGUUUGUAAGCUUACUGCUAGUUUUAUGCAGUUUUGUUUUACUCUAUUUUAUGUUAUAUCAUUCAUUUUGUUAUUAUAUAUUUUGCACUUUGUAAAAGACUUUAUUUUAAUAGUUAAAAUAGUAUUAAAAGGUACUGUCUGAUAGUUUUUUUUUAAUUCACAUGUUUUAUUUUCAUUUCAAUUUUAAAAACUUAAACUUGAAAUUAUAAAUAAAUCACGAUUUAUCUGUUAACCAUUUUAGUUUAAAAAAAAACAGAAAUUCAAAGAAGCCUUUAUUUCAUUUUAAUGAGUUCUAAAGAAAUGUAACUGUUUCAACUUACUAGCGACAUGUAGUCGUUGUUUUAGUUCUUCAGAUAAUGAAUAUGGUCGUCAGAUCUGUAAUUUCCGUGUCUUUGUCCUAUUCACGAUUCUGAACUUUUAAGUGAGUUUUGAUCAUGUUGAUUCGCAUGGCGGAUGAUGCAUAGCAUACAGCACAGUCGAUGCACCGGGCAGAUUCUAUUAAAAUUCAUGUGAUUACCUCAAUUUUAGUUGGUUACCUUGAUUUCUUUCUUCCUAAUUGAGUUACGUGAUUUGAUCACCAGUAAACUGCUGUCGCCUUAAUUCAUGAUAUUAGCUACUAACACGUUCUGAAUGCUUAAGGUGGUCAUAUUUUAUAUGAAAAAAUAUCGGUGUUACAGAAUGUGAUUGAAAAAGUAAAUGUACGUUUUAUUAUGGGCUGAGUUUAACUUGAAUUUAAGUCACGGGGGGUAAUUUGUUUUGCAAGUUAGGCAUUUCAAUAUGAUAAUUUUAAGAAAAUAGUUUCUGACCAUAAAUCUCUUAAAAGUCGGUUUAAAUCUCGUAAGUCAAAAUAGGGACAAAACAAAUAAUCAUUACAGUGAAAAUAGUGGGAAUCGAGACUUGAUAAAGGUUAUGACCGAGUGCAUCCAAAGGUGUCAAUGCCUUGUUAUGCCUUCACACAUAUUGUAACAUUUAAAACAUACAUAAUUAUAUUAAAAAGCAUUAUCAAAUUUAACAUUAUAUUUUUAAAAAUGUAUUUCUAAAAUCAAUACCAACUUGUUUAAAAUAAAUGUGACAAUGAAAUAAAUGAAAAUAACACUUCAUUAGUUUCGUGCGUUUAGGGUUUGGAACUGAUUUAUGUAAUGUUAACUCACCGUGGGUAUAUGAGUUAUAGAUGUGGGACAUACAUAACAUUUACGGUACCAUAUCAACUGCGACAACAAUUUAACUGCACACAAAUGAAAAGACAUAUACAAGUCAAUAUCUGUUUUCCAAUAUUAUAAAUGUGUUUGGUUGACAUAUCAAUUCUGCUUAUUAAGUUAAUCACAGGCUUGCUAGUAGUUUAAUAUGUUUACUUUUUAUUAGUCUUCUAAUGUAUGCAGAACGUAUGUGUUUUUUUGUUGUUGUUUUUUUAUAAACAAUUUGAUAUUAAUAAUUCUGUAAGACUGUGUUAAGCUUGUUAAGUUGUCUAUUUCUAUGUUGACCAUUGAUAUUUCAUUAGGGUGUAUUAUCAGUUUUCACUAUAGAUAUUUUGUUUAUUCUUCAUCUAAUUUUCUAAUUUGAAUCUGUUGUGUUAACACUACAACACAUUGGCACAAUUAUGUUCAUUCUCACUGUUUAGAGUUGUUCUAUCGGUUAGUACAUACUACAUUUUGUAUUGACAAAAUUUUUAGACUUUUUAUUAUCAAGUAGUGCAGACGUCUAAUCGCAAGUAGCAAGUUUUUUUAGUAUCAGCAUGAAAACGUUUAGGGUUUUUCAAUUUUUUUAAAUGAUUGGCGCUUUUAUACCAGGCUAAACAAUAUGGAUUUAACUGUAUCAAUCAAUACACCUGUGAUUGUAGUCGAUGUGUCUGGAAGCCAUUUUUUAUAUGUAAUUUCGUUUGUAAUAAUUUUUUGAUGUUCUAUCCGCUAUUUUUUUAUCGAUGUGAUAUACAACACUGAAGCAUAUGGGAGAAUCAAAUCAUAUUUGACUGAUCAUGAGUUACAAUAUUUUGCCACUACUCAUAAAAGAAUUUUAGAUUUUAACAUACUCGUGUACUGCCGUUAGUUUUGAUUUAAAUAUUUAGAGUGGAAAAUUCGCAGCAGUAGAAUAAAAUAAAUUUGAAACAUUCAUGUCUGUACUUGAUUACAUCACUCUAUUUUUUCCAUAUUUUAGCACAAAGAGCCACGAUUUUGUCAUAUAACCCUUUUCCAUAAAAAUAUUAAAAAAUGUAAAUGUGCUUCCUGUUAAAGAAAUAUUCGUAAGCAGUUUUAACAACAAAAAAGAAAGGGAACCCGAAAACUUAUUUUAAAAGGUUUAUAAUGUUUUCUGAUAAUCAUGCUUAUGCGAAGCCUCAAUUCUAAAUUUGUUUUUCUACAUGUUAAAUUAACACAAUCCCUUGUUUUCUGCCAGGAACAUAAUUUUUUCUUGCCUAUAAGAGUUUGAUCCCCAUUUACACGAUGUUGAUCUCAACUGUUCGGUGACAAAUAUGAAUGUCGUUUACUUACACUUAGCUUAAGUUAUAUAUUACCGUAAAAGAGGUUUUCCCAGGUAGUACAAAUUUUGUUCAAACAAAGGUCAAUUCUUCUUAAGGAGGACGAUAUUUCAAUGCGUCAACUUUCUACUGUUAAAAUACAGAAUGACUCCGAUAUGUUAUACUUUGAUAUACCUUUUCAAUAUUCAACUAAUGCUUAUAUAAUAAAAUUUUACUGCAAACAUUAUGUAUUACUGUACUUAUAAAGAUAUGUAAUAACUACUUAUUUAUGUUUGUAUCUCAUUCUAAAGUUUUGGUAAACAUAUAAAAAUGAUUUGAAAGUACAAAGACCUGAACUAUUUAUUAACAACCUCGUCUCAUUUAAAAAAAAAUGAAAAAUUUCUAUAAUGACGUUUGAUACAAAAUACAUGAAAUUGGUAAAAUAUCAAAGGCGAAACCAAAAGUCACAAUUGAUGACUGCUCUUAAAAUGUUUAAAAAGAACACGAAUGGUAAAAAAUGAAUAAGUUCAAGUAAUAAAAUGUAAAAAUAUGCAAUGGAGUAGGAAAUGUGUUACCCUGAAUUCUAAAAUGCCUUUGAGUUCAGUAUUUACAUUACCAGAAGAUGUUAUUUAAACUUUUAAGCAUAAAGCAUGUAAGCCCUCAAGUAUUUUAAUGAAAUUUGAAGGCUAACUUUAAUUUCUGUCACGGUGAGCAUGAAUUAAAUAAUUCCCGUAUCAAUCAGUAAGAGCGAUCUUACAGAAUUUUUUUUUUUUUUUUUUUAAAUAAUUUAUGCAUUUUAUCAAAGAAUUGUUCUAUGGAAAAUUUUACAUGACUUAGGGUGAACUUGUUUUAAACAGUUUUUAGAAAUAUCUAUAUAUUUUAAAACAUAAUUCAUUUCAUAAGAAGAGAAAAGAUUACCUUAAAACACGGUUAAUGUCAAAUUACUUAUAGUGCUUAAAACUAUGUUACAUAAACCAAAUAUGAGAUCAUAUGUUCUUAAAAACGAUUAAACGAAAUUUAUUAAGUGUCAAUUUUCCAUCCACGGAGUGACGGAACAUGAUGUCAUAAACGAUAGACUAAGCCUAUAAUUUUGUCUUGAAAGUAGGAAUUUGAUAUAACGAAGAGAUUUUAUGGAAAAAAUAACAAAUAAUUUUUAUCUUGUCAUUUGCCAACAUUUCUGAUAUCAUAUGUGUUUUAAAAUGUCUUCCAGUUUUUAUCUUUUGGAAGAAAGGAUAUGUACACUUUCCAUUGUUUUUGUGUUAAGAGGCAUAAUGAAAGGUGUUGAAAUAAAUCAGUCGCAUUUGAAUAUAAAGAUGUUUUUAUUUUUAAAUAGAUUCAACAACAUAUUUACAUGUUUCCAAAAAAGUCAAAUAUAUUUAGAGCAACACAAUGUCGUAAAAACUGUACUUGUUUUAUAAUUUGUUCUCUCAGUGGUAGUUAUGGAAAUUUUGUAUCUAACAUUAAAGAGCAUGUUUCUCAAAGUAUUUAAUCUGUAAAUGUAAGCUAUUUUUACACUUUUUACUUUGCAGUAAUAUGUAAUUUUAUCUCAAAUUAUUGUUAGUUGUUGAGAUUUAAGACAAAUGUACGUUUAUAACGUUUUUGAAAACAUAUUUUUUCUUUUCUUUAAAACUUUUAAAAGGUUUACAGCAAUGACAUAUCACAGUUUUAAACAAAAAUUCUGUGGAUGAUUUCUUGAAGAAAUGGAAUUUCAAGUGAAAAUUAAAAAAAAUGUUUUGCCGCUUUUUAAUUACAUUCUAUACAAUUAAAUACCUUUUUCUCUGGAAUCAUAAAGAUUACAUACGUAAGUUAUUUUUAGAUUCAGGUGCAGGUUAACGAGAUCUGCUCAUCAAAUUCCGAAAUGGUGCCCUAUAACGUAUACUUUGACUUUUAAGUACAUUAUACAUACUUUUUUUACUUCAUUUACACAUGUAUAUAAAUUAUAUAUUUGUAAUUUAACUCGAAAAAAGCUUUAGUUGCAUAAUUAAAACAAACAAUGAAUGUAAGCUAACAUGAUAGUCAAACAAUGCCGUAGGAGUAGACUCUUCCAUUUUGGUUUCUUUACUUUCAAAUUUUUAGUUUGCCAAAAAGCGGGGUAAGACAAAAAUAUAGUUUUGUUUUUGUGGUUUAUUCUGAUUGAAAGUGUAACUAUAAGGGGCUGGGUGUGUGUUGUUUACACAAUAUAUAAUUCUCCUCAGAA